AUGAUUGGACAAAACGCGCCAGACGUCUUCCCCGAUUUUUGGAACUAUUUCGAGGAGAUCAUCACAAAGCAGCAUGAAGAUGGUAUCACAGUAUCGGGUAAGGCGUCAUUGCUUCUGAUGGAACGACAAGCUGGCUUUCUAGAGGAGACUUAUUUCGACUGGAAAUUGGUACCUGUUAUUGGAGAUGACGGACUGUUUCUUGGGGCAUAUGGUAUACCUACCGACAAUACAGAACGUGUGAUUGGCGAACGGCGAACUCUGUGUGUUCAAAAUCUAUCGCAGCGGAUAGCAAAAACAACUUCCUUCGAUGCACUCUGGAACCACAUAACCUUAGGACUGUUAGAGGAUAGCAAGGACGUUCCUUUUGCCCUACUAUUCGCGGACCAAGACGCUCUACGAGCUCGUGGGACCCCUCCAAUUGACCAGACUGGCAACGUCAAACUUGUCGGCUCGAUUGGGGUACCUGACGGACAUAGACUGAAAAAUCUCUGUUGGACAACAGAGGCAGGCGGUGAUGGCUUACCGUCCGCUGUUAUGCAUGCCGUUCAAAGUUCUCAGAUUAGUAUACUGUCGACUGACAGCGCUGAAGUUGCUCAAUAUUUGACGGGAAUAGAUUGGAAGGGAUCUGGGGUUCCUUGCAAGCAGUUGGCCAUUAUGCCGAUCUUCGCGGGAGCAAGACCACUGGCCGUGCUAGUCGCAGGCAUUAAUCCUCACCGUCGGUAUAACGACUGGUAUCGCGACUUCCUACAACACAUAACAACCCUUAUUUCAACCCAGCUCUCAGCGCUACGUCUCUCAGAAGAGCUCAAACAUCGAGCAGAGCUUGCCUCCAAGGCUGUAAAAAAUUUCGAAAGAAGCGAGUUGCGCUUCGAACGUUUUGCAGCACGAUCAAUGGUGGGACUCGGGAUGGCUAGUAUGCAUGGUAAUAUUUUAUAUGCCAACAAUGUGUGGUGUGAGCUCUCUGGUGUCGACCCGAGCAAAGCUAUCGGCUGUGACUUCCGCGACACGAUACAUGAAGAUGACCUACCGCUAGUCGAGCAACAUUGGCACAACGCGGUCGUACUGAAGCAAGUGGUGAAGUUCACGUAUAGGUCCAAAGCUCCUUGGAGAAAGGACGAGAUGUAUCUGCCUCAGAGAACAUUGUAUGCAACAUGCUAUGCAGACAUCGACGAAGACGGUACCGUUGAAACGAUCACAGGACUUGUUGUUGAUAUUUCAGAGCAAAAGUGGACCGAAGGUCAACUACUGCAACGCUCACGCGAGCUAGAGGAAUCUGAGCAAAGGUAUAGGAGUUUCGCUGACCUAUGCCCGUUCGGCAUAGUGUCAACUGAUGCGCAGGGCAAAGUCAAGUGGGGCAACGACUCCUGGCACGACUUUUAUUCCUUCAAAAAGGGGCAAGUUGUGGACGAACAGCCAUGGCUACCUUACGUUCAUAGCGAUGAUGUCGACAAGGCAAAGCAAUACUUCAGAACCUUACAGACCACACCAGGAGCACAUACCGCCGAGUUGCGUCUCAAGAAGAAAUAUACAAUAUACGAGGGUGAUAGAAUGCGUGAGAAUGAUUUCUUUAUCCUUAUCGUGGGUAAUCAAGAAUACAAAGACAGUUUGAAGACUGUGAUUGACAGCAUCGACUUUUGGAUCAUCGACAUCAGUGCACAAAAGAUGGCCGAGAAGAUCCUCACCGAGAAGAUGGAGGAAGCCAUCAGGAACCGGACCUCUCAGGAACACUUCAUUGAUAUGAUAUCACACGAGAUUAGGAACCCUCUCAGUGCCCUUCUAACUUGUGCAGAAUCGAUUUGCCAGUCACUAAGCCAGAUCGAUCCCCAAAGGGGUCCCUCUAACGGAGCUCUCUCCGUCGCGAAAGGAAUGUUCACAGCCAAAGCGAAGAACGAGGCGAUAUAUAAUGACAUACUGGAGGCUGCGAAUACCAUCAUAUGGUGUUCGAACCAUCAGAAACAGAUUGUCGAUGACGUUUUGACCCUUUCGAAACUCGAUUCUGAAUUGCUGGUGGUGUCUCCAGUACCAGUAAAACUGACUGACUUAAUGCGUUCUGCUUUGAAGAUCUUCGAACCUGAAUUGCGAAUGUCAGAAAUAGGCUUGGAGAUGCUGGACCAUGAGUCUGUAGCUCUCAACGGAAUUAAUUGGAUCCUGCUCGAUCCGAACAGGUUUUUACAAAUCCUUAUCAAUCUUGUCACGAACGCCAUCAAGUUUACGAGAGGAGUGUCUGGCGGGAAAAGGAUUAAGAUUGUCACUUCUAUUCACAAAGAGCGACCACAUCAUUUCGAGGAGCUUGACUUUGUACCUCGACGUUACAAUCCACUUGAACGAAGAGGGUCUACAAUUGGACCUCAGCUUGAAGAUGCCGACCAGAUAUACCUUCGUGUAAGCGUUUCAGAUACUGGGAAGGGCUUAUCUGCACCUGAGAAGAAACUGCUGUUCAACCGUUUUGCUCAAGCUUCACCCAAGACGCACGUGGAAUAUGGAGGUUCUGGUCUAGGUUUGUUCAUAUCACGUCAGAUAACUGAGAUGUUAGGUGGCGAAAUUGGUGUUGGUACAUCGCCCUCAGGAGGGUGUACCUUUGCCUUCUAUGUGAUAACGUCAAAGAUUGAUGCACCACAAUCAUCUUAUCUCCAACCUCCAAUAGCGCCGGCAGUAUCUCGCACUAUGAGCGCGCCGGUGACACUGCUGCCCACAAAGGAUGGUAAAAAGGGUAACGGAGAAAGAACCGACGUUGAAAAACGCAAGAUCCUCGUUGUUGAAGACAACAUUGUCAACCAGAGAGUACUCUGCAAACAGCUCCGUAAUAGGGGGUUCGAUGUAGAGGCAUCAAAUCAUGGCAAAGAAGCUCUUGCGGCUCUCGAAAAGGCUCAGGCGUCUGAAGAAGGCUACUUUGAUGUAGUCCUCUGUGAUAUAGAAAUGCCCGUCAUGGACGGAAUACAAUGCGUUCAGGAGAUUCGCGAGCGAGAGCGGGACGGCAGCCUUCCGGAGCACAUCCCUGUUAUAGGUGUAACAGCGAAUGUGCGCAGCAAACAGGUCGACGCUGCCGUUGAGGCUGGUAUGGAUGGUGUGACGACGAAACCAUACCGUCUUGACGAUCUGGUUGCGCACAUUGAUCGACUCUUGCUUGAAGAUUCAUCAACUUGA